ACGGGAGCGCGCAGGGAGCUGAGCCCGGCUGCUGGAGCCGGCCAUGGGGUUGAGGAUGGAGCUGCCGCCCCUGCCUCUGCAGCGCUUGCCCGGGGCUCUGAGGCUCCUGGCCGCCCUGCCGUUCCUGCUCCCGUUGCCCGAGUCCUGCUGGGGCAAGUACGUGAAAGGCAAUAUCAGCACCAAGGAGGACUGGGUCUUCUUGACUAGAUUCUGCUUCCUUUCUGACUAUGGGCGCCUGGACUUCCAGUUCCGCUAUCCAGAGGCCAAAUGCUGUGAGAACAUCCUCCUGUACUUCGAUGAUCCUUCUCAGUGGCCAUCUGUCUACAAAAAGGGAAAUAAGGACUGUCUGAUGAAAGAGUCUGUGAUUCGCCCAGAGAACAACCAAGUGAUCAACCUCACAACUCAGUAUGCCUGGUCCGGAUGCAAGUUGGUGACAGAGAAUUCAGUGCGGUAUUUGAGCUGUGCGAGCGGCAGAAGUUUCCGCUCAGUCCGCGAGCGAUGGUGGUACGUGGCGCUCAGCAAGUGUGGGGGCGAUGGGCUGGAACUGGAGUAUGAGAUGAUUCUGACCAACGGCAAAUCGUUUUGGACACGUCACUUCUCGGCGGAUGAGUUUGGAAUCCUGGAGACAGACAUAACUUUCCUACUUAUCUUCAUCCUAAUCCUCAUCAUUUCCUGCUAUUUUGGCUAUCUUUUGAAGGGUCGGCAGCUUCUCCACACCACUUACAAGAUGUUCAUGACGGCAGCUGGUGUGGAGGUUCUCAGCCUGAUGUUCUUCUGCAUAUAUUGGGGCCAGUAUGCAAGUGAUGGUAUCGGGAAAGGCAGUCUCAAGAUAUUGGCCAAGCUCCUCUUCUCGGUCAGUUUCCUGAUCUUCCUCCUGAUGCUUAUUCUGCUGGGGAAAGGAUUCACAGUUACCAGGGGUCGAAUCAGCCACACUGGGUCUAUUAAGCUUUCAGUGUACAUGACGCUUUACACCAUCACACACGUUGUGCUCUUCAUCUAUGAGGCGGAGUUUUUUGAUCAGGCACAGGUGCUGUACACUUACGAGUCGCCAGCUGGAUACGGCCUGAUCGCCUUGCAAUUUGUGGCUUACAUCUGGUUCUGCUAUGCCAUCCUGAUCACGCUCAAGCAGUUCCCGGAGAAGCAACCCUUCUAUGUGCCAUUCUUUGCUGCCUACACCCUCUGGUUCUUUGCUGUCCCGGUUACGGCGCUGAUUGCUAACUUUGGCAUCCCCAAGUGGGCCCGAGAGAAAAUAGUCAACGGCAUCCAGCUGGGCAUUCACCUGUAUGCCCAUGCAGUCUUUCUGAUUAUGACACGGCCCUCGGCAGCCAACAAGAACUUCCCUUACCACGUACGGACGUCACAAAUUGGGAUUGUGGAGGAGGCAGCAGCUGGGUCCAAGUUUCCACAUCACGUGUACGGCAACGUGACUUUCAUCAGCGACUCAGUGCCCAACUUCACAGAACUCUUCUCCAUCCCUCAGAGCACAGGGAGCAACACCAGCAAUCCCCGCAAACAGGUGGAGGAGACGUCAUCUGCUGAUCGUAACCUGACCCCCAGCUGCGUGGUCACAACCUCGGAGCUCAGCGGCGCCCCUGUGCUGUUAAAACCUUCCCCGGGAAGUGAGAGCCAACCACCCCCAUACCAGCUCCACGCGCCUCAACUUCACCAACAUAAUGGCUACACCGAGUAUUUUAGCAUGCACACAACGGGUGCCCGGCCUGUGUAGGGGUCUCCUGACUCUCCUGGUCCUUUGCGGCUUCCCUGUCUCCUCUCUCAACACUUUCUGGGGCUCCCUGCCUCAUACCCAUCCCUGGUUUCUCUUCUGGGUCCCCUUCCUCCUUGCUCUCUCUGCCACCUUCUCUUCCCUUUGAUGUCCAACCAUAUCAGAGGGCUAUUCUAUCUCAUGUCUCCCUAAAACAUUGCAGAACGGCUCUUUUAGUGAGAAUACAGAGAAGCCAGAUGUAUGUGGUGGGAUGGGUCCUUCUUCUCCCGCCAUCUCCCUGCCCAUUCAGUAUGACAAAGGGAGUGAAUCCUCACCUAGUUAGUCUGUAUGAUAUGUCGGCUCUCCUUCCCCUUGAGACAGCCUUGAGUUCUCCACCUCUGGGGCUGGUUCCACUGGGAGAAGCCAGAAACUGGAUGAACAGGAGCCACGAUUCUCUUCCAUCCCUAGUUCAGUUAGAGCAACAGGCCUACCCUUGGCUGCCUUUUCCCUGUAGAGAGUGUGAUCCAAAGGAAGAUUGCCAUAGUCUUUCAUAGCCGCCAUUUUGGUUGAAUGAUUCUCCUGUUUGGAUGCAGAUGGGAAGGACUCCAGACAUGCCAGCCCAGACUGGCUUUGUAUUGAUGUAUCCAAACCUUUUCUGUAUCCCUCCCUUUUUAUGCUACCCUUUCCCCCACUUUUCCCUACAAUGACAGCAGGAAUCCCCUCUAUCCCUUUGCCCUGACCCCCUGGGGUAAUGGUGUUUGCCCUCUUCCCUCCCCGUGAUGACGCUGUGGGUUCUGCUCCCUGAUGACGGUGAAUUUCUGAAAUCCACCAGAGUGGGUUUUUUUGCCAAA